GAGAGAGAGGAAACAUGUGUCUGGUGAGAGAGGAGAAGGAGGAGGUGGGGGAGGAGAAAGCUCCUGGUCCGUUCGUCCUCACUGCUCUGUUUCAUCGUCAGUUCUUGUAAGCAGUCGGGUGCAACCACAGUGCCCGGGGCCGUGGGUUUAUUUCCCCCCGGAUUCUCUUUUGGUCAACGAGGACUCUACUAAGCAGAAGAUGCGCUUUCUCCUGUUACCUGUCGUGGCUCUCUUGCUGAGCGGAGAAACGACGGUCUCCGGUAACAGCAACGACAAAUGGCUGAGCACCGUGGCUCAGUUCAACAAGGACAGAUCCUGGAACAGAUUCAGAGAUGAAGUGGAGGACGACUACUUCAAAAGCUGGGCUCCUGCCAAGUCUGUGGACCAGGUACGAGAGGCUCAACCUGGAAGGAAUGGACAACCAGGAAACAAAGCACAUCCUCCCAUGGCCAAGAAGACGGUGCAAGAUGGCCCCGACACCACCAAGGACCCGUGUCUGAAGGUACGCUGUCCUCCUCACAAGGUGUGUGUCAGCCAUGACUACCAGACAGCCAUCUGCACCAAUCACAAGCAGCCAGCUCACAGUGUUAAACCCAGGAAGGGGAGCGUAGGACACAAGCACAGAGCUGAAGCUGGUGCUCAUUGGAUAUGUAGGCACUGCUCUGCCGUGCAGUCGACACCUCUGUGUGGAUCGGACGGACACACCUACUCCUCCAAGUGUAAACUGGAAUUUCAGAGCUGCCUCUCUGGGAAGACGAUCACAGUCAAAUGUGACGGACUCUGUCCCUGUUUGGUUGAUCAGGAUUUCAGCAGCGCAGCGCAGAAGACUGACAGGCCUGCUUGCACUGACGCAGAGCUUCACAGCCUGGCUGCCAGACUGAAGGACUGGUUCGGAGUUCUUCACCUCGAUGCCAACAGAGAUCUCAAAUCCUCUGACAGCUCAGACUCCACUGCAGGACAUUUCGACACCAGCAUCCUGCCCAUAUGUAAGGACUCUCUGGGCUGGAUGUUUAACAAACUGGACAUGAACUUUGACCUCCUGCUGGACCAAUCAGAGCUCAGCGCCAUCUACCUGGACAAAUAUGAGCUGUGCAUGAAGCCCCUCUUUAACUCGUGUGAUUCCUUUAAAGAUGGGAAACUGUCUAACAACGAGUGGUGUUACUGCUUCCAAAAACCUGAGGGUCUUCCUUGUCAGACUGAGAAGAGCAGGAUCCAGAAUCAGAGUCGAAGGAAGAGCCUUAUUGGCUCUUAUAUUCCUCGCUGUACCGAUGAAGGUUACUUCAAACCAACCCAGUGUCAUGGCAGCACCGGUCAGUGCUGGUGCGUAGACAAAUAUGGCAAUGAGAUCGCCGGCUCCAGGAAACAGGGCAACCCCAACUGCGAUGAGGACCAUGAGACAUCAGGGGAUUUUGGCAGCGGCGGUGCAGUAAUUCUCCUUGACGAUCAGGAGGAGGAAACAUCACCAAGUGUCCGCAGCCGGCAGAAAAAAAGACGGGGUCGGAUCCAUCCCAGAGGAACCAUCGAGGACGACGAGGAUGAGGGAGACGACAAGGAUGAUGAGAUCGGCUAUGUUUGGUAGCUCUGUUUCCUUUUACUCUGCCAUCAGCCUGACCAGGAAACUCCGGUAACUCAGCACAGAUCUGAAGCCAUUCCAACGUCUCCUCCUCCACUUACCUUGGCAGCAGUUCUUAUUUUGGCUCCUGAACUUACCCUUGUAAUCCCUGUCUCCUAUUCAGAUCUGUCUCUCUCUAGUCCACCCCCACUGACAUCUUCCUUUUCAAGUUAUCCUGAGACAGACAACAGAGAGCCUAUUAGAUUUCACCAACUGUCAAGCACUUGAUAGAUUCUGUCCACGUUCUGCUUCUACCUUCCCUCAGACCUGUGAUCUUUGCCCUCCCCUAUCACGGACAUGUCUCUGUUCUCUUCAUCACUUCUUCUAUCCUCUUUAACUCACUCUGUCCUUCCCCCAUAUGGGUACAUCCACGUGAGAGGCUCCUGGACGGUCUGUGAGCCCUGAUGCCAUGUGUUCCCCACAGGAAGACCUAAAUGAGGUUCACCUCUACUGUACUCCUAUCAUAGGUCCAUUCUUUAUUCAUCCAUCCUCUAUGUCCUGGUGUCAGACUCCUUUAAGAGUUCAUUAAUGUUUCGAUAAAUCACACAAGACUCUCUUCCUUUCGCCUCUCUCUUGCUCUUUCUCUCUCUCUCACAUGGAGGAUUGUAAAUUAUUUAAUCGUUGAUCUUGAAUGUCUAAGAAAGGCCCAGGAAACAAUGAGAUUAAUGAUGUAUUGUCGUUGAUGUUGCAUGUUUCUCAUCGUGUUUCUGUAAAAGAGAGAUUCCCUGGCCAGGUCUAGCUCUAUGCAUCUCAAACAGAAAUUGAUACCUAAUUGGCUGCUACAAUACUUUGUUGCUAUGUCGAUGCUGUCUAGUGUUUUUUUUUUUUUUUUUUGGUUCCUCUCUCAAACUCAGGAGAUGGGAAGUUGCAUUGCAAAAGGUUUUGCGGUGGGGAAAAGUAAACUGUAAUGCCUACAGUCCCAGUCUGUGGUGUAGCAGCCAUCAAUCCAUUUGCUAAUUGUUCAGUGGGGGCUGCUGAGGCUGUUUGACUGUGCAUGGACACUGGAGGAAAAAAGCGGCUCCUGAGCUGGGAGGACACAUGAAGUCGGACGAGCAGAGAAGAGGCUCUGCUCUGUCUCACAAUGUCGGAUAAUGUCCAGUAAUUUGAAUUUAAAACCUUCACCACGUCAAAUAUGUGAACUUUUAUUUGUAAAUUAAAAAAUUUAAUUAAAGUGGCACUUGGGGUGUCUUUUGAACCUUAACAGUA